AUGCCCGGAUGCCUGACAGCGCGCUUGUCGCCGCUGUACGAGGAUGCGUUGGCGCAUGACAACUUCAACCCGAACGUCGUGUUCUUCCCGGCGUACAACGAGCCGCAACGCCAUCAAGGCCACGGUGCGGACGACGUUGACUUCACUGGCCGUAGGGGUCCGCUCCAAUUCGAGGGCGCUAGUGCUCUCUUCGGGGAUGAGGAUGCAGCACGCGAGGAGGAGGAGGACAAGGAGGAGGACAUUGACGAGGAUGACGAAGAGGACGACGACGAAGAAGAUGAGGAGGAGCAUGCCGCGGAGGAUGCAGAGGAUCCCAUGGAGGUUGACGCGGUCGGCGUGAGGAAGAAGAAGCGGGCUCACGAGGCCCCAAGUGGAAGGUUCUGGAAGAUCAGUGCCUCUGGGACUCAAGGGCGACGGUGA